UCUCUCUGUCAUGACGUUGUAUAUAAACAGACCAGGUAUUCCAUUAUUGCUUGAACUACAGGAGAAAUAGACAACAUUCCGUAGUGAACAGAGAGGAUAGGAUAAAAUUGCUUCUUCUUAGUUUAUGUAAGACAGCACAGAGAUAUAACUACUACAAGGAAACUUCAUAAAAAGGAUAUAUAUGCAGUGAUCAUAUUUGUUUAUUAAUCAGAUAUAAAAUAAUAAUAAAUAAGUUUGUUAUAAAAACAAAAGUAGUUUAAUAUUAAAAUUGACGAAUAUUUUUAAUAGCAAAGGAAAGUCGACAAUAUAUGUAUAAUGGCGAGUGUCGCUGGAAAAUGGAAAAUUGACAGUUCAGACAAUUUUGAAGAGUAUAUGAAAGCCAUUGGUGUUCCUGAUGACAAGAGGGAAAUUGCAUUAAAGUUUUUGUCAGCGGGAUCUGGCAUGACCCAGGAGUUUAAAGUUGACGGAGACAACUGGACAUUAACAACAGUUACUGCAGCUGGUGAAAAAUCUUUCUCUUUCACGAUAGGAAAGGAAGAAAAUUCCAUGACUCUUGAUGGACGUAAUAUGAAGGUAACUUUUACAAUUGAUGGUGACAGUUUAGUAGAAAAACAAAAAGGUGAUACAUUUGAGUGUACACAUGUAAGAAAGAGUGAUGGUAAUACACUAACAAUGACAUUAACUGGAGGAGGUCAAACAUGUGUCAGAAAAUUUGUUAAAGUAUAAUGAAAAGGAUAACAACAAAAGAAGAACUUAGAAACAUUUUUGCGUAUCGUUUUUGCGCUGCAUUCAAAAAAUUAGUUUGGCUUUGUACCCUUAUUAGAUAUAUAAUAUUAGAUAUUUUUUACAUUGGGAUUUAAACUAAUUGGUGACAUAGGAAAGAACAGUAACCAAUUUUAUAUAAACAUGUUAUACAUGUGCAACGUGUAUUUCAAAGUUGAAACUUUGAAAUCUCCCUUAUGGAACUUGUCGUAUUUUAAUAAUUUAAAGUGUUCAACAAAACCUAGGGAACAGACUCACGUGAGAACAUUUCAUUAUUUGUAUUUAGUUUUUAUUUAAUUUUAUUUUUAUUGCAUUUUAUAUAUAUAUUCCAUUGUUUAUGUUUAUGUUUAACUACACAAUUAAGAUGUCAAUUGUUAUUAGGAUUUUCAUGUGAAUUCUUUAGUUUACUUCUUUCAAUCUAAAGACACAAAAAUAAAUAUUUUGCUUUUAAAUC